AUGGGCAUUUCAAAAAUCGUCGACAAACUCAAGGCCCACAGCGUGCACGAUGCCCCGGCGGCAGACGCUGCUGUGAGCGGGGAUCUUCUGGACAGCCAGCUUUGCCGCACACGGUUCCACUUUGGCGUGAACUUUGGCGGGUGUUUUGUGCUCGAGAAAUGGAUUUUCCACAGCAUUUUCCCCGAGGGUACGGAAGUGGAAUUGGAGGCGGUGGCUAAAGGUGCCAAGGACGACAAGAAGGACUACAAGAAACGGUUGGAGGCCCACUGGUCCGACUACGCUUCUGAGGAUGACUGGAAGUGGCUCCAGAGCCAAGGGGUCACCGCAGUCCGCAUUCCGGUCGGGUACUGGCACGUGGGCGGCGGCAAGUUCACGCUGGGCACCAAGUACGAGCCGUAUGCGGACGUGUACAGCGAAGCGUGGAACAUAUUCAAGAGCAAGUUCGUCGAGGCGGCCGCAAAGCACCAGAUUGCGGUUUUGGUGGACUUGCACGGGCUUCCGGGCGGCGCCAACGGCGAGGCGCAUUCGGGCGAGCUGAGCGGCGGCCAGGCCGGGUUCUGGAACAGCCUGAGCUUCCAGAAACUCGCGGCAGACGCCGUGGCGUUCAUCGCCAAGGACUUGAAGCGCUACAGCAACAUCGCCGGCAUCCAGAUUGUCAACGAGGCCGAGUUUUCUGACAGCGCUCUGAAACAGAAGCUGUACUACAUGCGGGCGCUCGAGGCGAUCCGCAAGGAAGACGGCUCGAUCCCCGUGGUGAUUCUGGACGGCUGGUGGCCCGACCAAUGGGCCAAGUGGGUGCAGGAGCACCAGAAGGACGGGCGCAACUUGGGCAUUGUGGUGGACGACCACUGCUACCGGUGCUUUGACGAAAAGGACCGGGCAAAAAGUGUUCCGCAGAUCAUCGAAGAUUUGGACGGCAGCGUGCUCACAAACUUGAACGACGGCGGGCGUGGCGUCGAUUUCAUGGUGGGCGAGUACUCUUGUGUGGUGGACGGCAAGAGCUGGGACAAGUCCGACAAGGGCAAGCGCAGCGAGCUAGUGGAGGAAUAUGGCGCGAAGCAAGUGCGGUUGUUCGAGCAGCGCGCAGGCGCAGGGCUGUACUUUUGGACGUUCAAGUUUGAACAACAGGGCGGCGAGUGGGAUUUCCGGGAGAUGGCCGGGCGUGCUGUGCGGCCGCCAAAGGUGCAAGAGCCGCUGCUGGACAAACUCGAAGAGCUGUUGAAGGCCAACUUUGACCAGCAUGUACAUUAUUGGGACGAGCGCGGAGGCAAGUAUGAGCAUGCGCGGUACGAGGCGGGUUUCAGGGCGGCUUGGGCGGACGGCGCUGCGUUUGCGCGCAAGGGCGCUUUGGUUGGGCGGCGCCAGGCGGUCUGGGCCGCGCGCCGCGCCGAAUACGUCAAGAAAGAGGGCCAGCUGGACUGGUUGUGGGAGUGGGACCAGGGCUGGGAAAAGGGCAUGGCCGAGUUUGUGCGUGCUGCUCUGGCGUAG